GUCAGGGACGCUGUGCGGGCUCUGCAGGAGGAAGAGAAGCCGCUGGAAGUACCGAGGAGGAGAGACAGUUUAAAAAAAAAAAAAAAAGAGGGAGAGAGAGAGACGGGGAAUAAUGCCUCAAAUGUUGUAGGUUGCUCUGUCUCUCUGAAAUGGCCAUUAGGGAGCUGAAAGUGUGCCUUCUGGGGGACACGGGAGUUGGGAAAUCAAGUAUUGUUUGCAGAUUUGUCCAGGAUCAUUUUGAUCACAACAUAAGCCCAACUAUUGGCGCAUCGUUUUUAACCAAGACGGUCCCCUGUGGCAAUGAGCUUCACAAGUUCCUGAUCUGGGACACAGCAGGGCAGGAGAGGUUUCACUCUCUGGCCCCGAUGUACUACAGAGGGUCUGCUGCUGCCGUCAUCGUGUAUGACAUCACCAAAUUGGACUCCUUUCAGACCUUGAAAAAGUGGGUGAAGGAGCUGAAGGAGCAUGGCCCAGAGGAUAUUGUGGUGGCAAUUGCAGGAAAUAAGAAUGACCUGGGUGAUAUACGGGAAGUUCCUACAAAAGACGCCAAGGAGUUUGCAGAGUCGAUCGCGGCAAUAUUCAUAGAAACCAGUGCUAGAAAUGCUGUCAAUGUUGAGGAACUCUUUCAAAGUAUUAGUCGGCAGAUCCCCCCUCUGGAGAACACAGACGUGGACAGCAAUGAGUCGUUCAAGAUCGCACGCCAGCCGCUUCCAUCAGCUAGACGCUGCUGUUAGAGGAGUGAGAAAUCUGGCUUGCUCUCUUCCUCAUAGCUGGAUAUUUAAUUGAGCUUUAUAACCGUCAUAGCCUGUAACCUAAAGUUAGCCUGACUUUAGUGCUGAAGUAAAGAGUUUCGAUUCAGCAGUUUUAAACAUACAGUAGUUUUAAUGAGUUUACCAAAAGGCACAAGGCAGAUUGAACAAUAUUUCCAGUGUGCAGUGUGGAGCAGAGUUAGCUGGCUAACUCUGUAAGGUUAAUUAAAUAAGGAGCAGAGCCAUAAAUAUUAAAGCAUUGCUAUCAGACUCCAGUGUUGUAACUCCACAGUCCUGAACAAUUUAGUACUCAGAAAAAAAAAAGACAAAGCCCGAAAGCUUUUUUUUUAAAGUACUAGUCGACUUUGUUUAAUGCUCAUCCAGUAUCAGCUUGCAAUAUCCACAAGGACGAGAAAGAAGUAAAACCCACAAGCACGAGUCUUAGAACGUAUUAGAAAGCAAUUUGCUCAGAACGGGUUUAAAAACUGCUCAGCCUGUUUACAUUAGCCUUUUAUAAUCUGGUACUUUACCAACUCCAUCAACUGACAGAUAUAAUAUCCAGAAUAUGUCGAAUAUAAUCAUAGCAUCGCUUGUAAAUUUACAGGCAGGUUCACGCACUGAUUAGUCAGAGCAGAAUUUAUCUACUUGCUGUUUGAUUUAGCUUGGCACAAAAUUAAAUUAACUUCAAAGCUGAGAGGUUUGUAGGCCUGAAAAAUAUACUUGUAAAACUCAUCCGUCCAUUGCUCAGAAAUACUGCGACAUAAAAGUUAAAAAGUCUAUGCAAAUAGAAAUCACACACGUCACCCGAGCACGGAGAACGCAUCGCCGAGGCUAAAGAUAUUUGAUAAUUACAGUACUGUGUAAAAGUCUUAGGCACAUGCAAUGAAAUGCUGUAGACUGAAGAUGCCUUCAAAAAUAAUGAAAUUAAAUGUUUCUGCAUUUUUUUUAACAAAAAAAAAACAAAGAUUAAAGGCACAAAAAAGGUCAGUGUUUGGUAUGACGACCCUUUGCUUAAAAAAAAAGUCGUCUCAGUUACAGUUAGUGCAGUUUUAUAAGGAACUGAGCUGUAGGUUUUACUGAGCAUCCUACAGAACCGGCUGCAGUUCUUCUGAAGACUUUGUCACACUUUUUUUUUUUUGCAGCAAAACGCAGCAGCCUUCGUUAUGUUUUUGUCUGAAAAGCGGUCUGUUAUGUAAUAUGCUGCUUUCGGUACUGACAUACAAACGUUUUUCUGUAACAUUUAAUUUUCUGCUGGAAAACUAGUGUUUUUGUACUGGUUCCAUCAUGCAGAAGUGACAAAAUAAAAGUCUAUAACAAAGUUUGUGUUAAAAAAUUAGGGUGCCUAAGAUUUUUGCACAGUACUGUAAAUAACUAAACAGUUUGUUUAUUGCGUUUAGCAUUUUUGUUUGAGUUCAAACAUCCAGAACCCAUGGAAUGUGUGUAGGGCGAUAGCUCAACCCCAAAAAAAGGCCUCCAAAACACACACCAUGUUUAAUGUACCUCCUGUAUUUGGGUUGAUUCACUGGAUAUAGGAUGUAACAGACUGUUUGGAGUCAUUAUCAGAAUGGUAUGAGUUUUAUAAAAGCUACUCGUAUUAAAUAUGAGAUCUAGGGUUUUAGUAUUCCUCUCUCCUUUCAGUCGAUUUUAAGACAUUCCAAGUUGAAUGAUCAUUCAUCGCCGUCCUCGGCUGUUUUAACAUCAUGAGUUUUUGAAGACGUGGCCUGAAUGUCAGCAGUAUACAGUUAGGUCCAUGUAUAUUUGGACACUGACACAAAUUUUCUUUUUUUUUUUUUUAACCUGUUUACUGAAACGUAUUCAAGUUAUAGUUAUAUAAUGGACAUGGGCAUAAAGUCCAGAUUUUCAGCUUUCAUUUGAGGGUAUCCACAUUAAAACUGGUUGAAGGGUUUAGGAGUUUCAGCUCCUUAACAUGUGCCACCCUGUUUUUAAAGGGACCAAAAGUAAUUGGACAAUUGACUCAAAGGCUAUUUCAUGGGCAGGUGCGGGAAAUUCCUUCAUUAUGUCACUCAAGCAGAUAAAAGGCCUGGAGUUGAUUUGAGGUGUGGUGCUUGCAUUUGGAAGAUUUUGCUGUGAAGGAAACAUGCGGUCAAAGGAGCUCUCCAUGCAGGUGAAACAAGCCAUCCUUAAGCUGCGAAAACAGGGGAAAAAAAAACCAUCCGAGAAAUUGAUACAAUAUUAGGAGUGGCAAAAUCUACAGUUUGGUACGUCCUGAGAAAGAAAGCACUGGUGAACUCAUCAAUGCAAAAAGACCUGGACGCUCACAGACGACAACAGUGGUGGAUGAUCGCAGAAUAAUUUCCAUGAUGAAGAGAAACCCCUUCACAACAGCCAACCAAGUGAACAACACUCUCCAGGAGGUAGGCGUAUCAAUAUCCAAAUCUACCAUAAAGAGAAGACUGCAUGAAAGUAAAUACAGAGGGUUCACUGCACGGUGCAAGCCACUCAUAAGCCUCAAGAAUAAAAAGGCUAGAUUGGACUUUGCUUAAAAAACAUCUAAAAAAGCCAGCACAGUUCUGGAAGAACAUUCUUUGGACAGAUGAAACCAAGAUCAACCUCUACCAGAAUGAUGGAAAGGAAAAAGUAUGGCGAAGGCGUGGUACAGCUCAUGAUCCAAAGCAUACCAGAUCAUCUGUAAAACACGGCGGAGGCAGUGUGAUGGCUUGGGCAUGCAUGGCUGCCAGUGGCACUGGGUCACUAGUGUUUAUUGAUGAUGUGACACAGGACAGAAGCAGCCGGAUGAAUCCUGAGGUAUUCAGAGACAUACUGUGUGCUCAAAUCCAGCCAAAUGCAGCCAAACUGAUUGGUCGGCGUUUCAUAAUACAGAUGGACAAUGACCCAAAACAUAAAGCCAAAGUAACCCAGGAGUUUAUUAAAGCAAAGAAGUGGAAUAUUCUUGAAUGGCCAAGUCAGUCACCUGAUCUCGACCCAAUUGAGCAUGCAUUUCACUUGUUAAAGACUAAACUUCAGACAGAAAGGCCCACAAACAAACAGCAACUGAAAACCGCUGCAGUAAAGGUCUGGCAGAGCAUUAAAAAGGAGGAAACACAGCAUCUGGUGAUGUCCAUGAGUUCAAGACUUCAGGCAAUCAUUGCCAACAAAGGGUUUUCAACCAAGUAUUAGAAAUGAAAAUUUUACUUACAAUUAUUUAAUUUGUCCAAUUACUUUUGAGCCCCUGAAAUGAAGGGAUUGUGUUUAAAAAAAAUGCUUUAGUUCCUCACAUUUUUAUGCAAUCAUUUUGUUCAACCCACUGAAUUAAAGCUGAAAGUCUGAACUUCAACUGCAUCUGAAUUGUUUUGUUCAAAAUUCAUUGUGGUAAUGUACAGAACCAAAAUUAGAAAAAUGUUGUCUCUGUCCAAAUAUUUAUGGACCUAACUGUACGUGUAAUGUUUGUAAGAAGUGAAUCAGGCGUGUUCAGAUAUGAAGUCUGAAAACCUCUUAUGUUUUUUUUUUUUUUAAUAAAUGUUGCCAAUAACUUGUACAGGAUGCCGAAUUAUCCGAAAUACUUGUAAUUAUUACUAAUCCAUGAAGUCUUUUUUUUUUUUUAAUCAUGAAGUGUGGUGCUGUGAGAGAUGAAGACACUAACACUUAGAAUGGUUCACGUUGUUCUUUGAAUGUGCAUGCUGUCGUCAAGUAUUCACAAAUGUAGUUGUGAAAGUCUAUAAUGUGUAUGUGUUAUCAAUCAGGCGUUGAUGUAUUUAUCAAGUACUCUUGAAAAUGAAAGCGUAAACUAAGCAUUUGUCCAUUUCCCGAUUGAUCACUCUAAAACUGUGUAUGUUUUGUAUGCUGUUGCAUAUUAGUUGGUGUUACAGCCAAGUGGAGUUUUAUAUGGUUCUUCUGCACAUGUCCAGCUUCUCUGGUUUCCUCCAGACUCCCAAAACACAUCCCAGUAGGUGGAUUGGAGACGCUAAAUUGCCGCUAGAUGUGUGUGUGUGGUGUUGCUGAUGAACUGGUGUCCCAUCCAAGUUGUAGCCCCACUUCAUAUCCAGUGACCCCGAGAUACUGUAGGCUCCAGUUGUGACCCUGACCAAAACCAAGCACUUAUUGAAGAUGGACGAAGAACUAAAAAUAACUCCAAGAACUAAUGAAAUGUAUGUAUCUUGUAAACAAGACAAGAAUCCAAAAUACAAGGCAGAAAAAAAGUUUCAAAAUAAUUUAAAAAUGUUAAGGUUUUUUUUCCCCCUUUCUUUUUCAAGAAGUACUUUUCCUGGUUAAAGGACUGUGAUUAGUAAAGAGCCACCAGGGGGCAGUGCGAGUUUGAAUCUUGAAACAAAAUACUGUCCACAAUGCUGGGUCUCUCUCUUUCAAUGUCUGUGGAUGUGAAGUGUGUUUCCCCCGAUAACGUCCGCAGUGCCUUUCUCGUGUUGCUGAUUUGUUUGUUGUCUUUAGAAAUGUACCACAUUUCCCAGCCUUUUGUCCAGAUUCUUAAUGAAGCAUGUUGAAAUAUUUUCAGCUUGCUUAAAAAGGCACUGAGGAAUCAUGAGAUCAGAGUCUCGGUGCAAAUUGAAAUCAGUUUCAGAUGAAGCAGCAGGUUAAUUUUACUCAUCCGUGUCACAGGUCUCUUAAUUGUGUUAACCACUAGGAGUGUGAAAAUGAAAUCUGAAAUAGUUACAGCAUUAAGGAUUGAAUAAAACAGGGUAUUUUUAUUUAUACAGACCAAACCCUGAGAAGACCACAAACCUUUUUACACGUAAAUCUUAAUAAUCUUAAUACCAUGCAUCAUUUUGUAUCAAAAGCCACAAUGAAUUUUGCAAACAGCAGAAAAUCACUAAUGUGAACCAUUUCAUGUUUGACAAUGUUAUGCACAUAUUUCAGAAUUAUAGAAAUAUAGUGUUUGAGUGUUUUUCAGAUAAAGUACCGCAAGGACUGUCGGAUGUCGAAAAAAACGCACAUUGAGCUCUACAGUAAUAAAAAAUUGGAUGGCAAUGAAUGUGGGUCAAAAUUACAAUUUCAUGGAUUUUUUUUUUUGUCUCAUAUUAGAUUAGAUUAGAUAAAACUUUAUUGAUCCCUUUGGGAGGGUUCCCUCAGGGAAAUUAAGAUUCCAGCAGCAUCAUUACAGAUAAACAGAGAAAAGAAAUAGAGGAAAACUUCAAGAUAAAUUAAAAUAAAUUAUUUACAUAUACAAAUAUAAAAAGAAUAAGAUAUGGGGAAGAGAGAGAGGGAGGGGGAGGAGGAGGAAAAAUUAAGGAGAGGUAGGAGAGAUAUCGCAGCAGGAGAGAUAUUGCACUUUAUAUUGCACAUUGUCCAGUAUUGCUUAAUGUUAGGCUAGGCUACUGCUCCUUCCCGUCCUCUGUCCUCCUGUUACCCCUCCUCCCCCCCAGAGAGGAGCUGUACAUGAUGGCAUGAGGGACAAAGGAGUUUUUGAGUCUGUUCGUCCUGCACUUUUUUUUUCAAUGAAGAAAGUUGUACAUCAUCUGUAUUGUAAUGUAAUAUAAUAUGAUUUAAACUUAUUGGAUGCAC